CAAAAGCCAAAGUUUCGAUUUUUCUCUGUAAAGAUUCAUACUUUUUGAAUUUGUUUCUCUAGCUCCAAUCAUCUAAUGAGCAAGAACAAGAACAAGAAGAAGCUAAUCGGCAAAACCAAUCCGAUUCGUUGCUUCUCCUCUGAUCAGAUCCUUAAAGCUACUGACAAUUUCUCCAAGAGCCAAGUAAUCUCCAGUUGGGGAUAUUUCAUUUGGUACAGAGGCGUAAUCGAAGAAAGACCAGUUUCAAUCAAGAAAUGGUCCUGUCAAAACCUCUCAAACUUCACAGAAGUGUAUCGAGAUAUCUCUGUAUCCUCUCAGAUGAGUGGACACAAGAACACCCUUAAGCUUAUAGGUUGUUGUUUAGAGUUUGAUCUUCCAGCUCUAGUCUGUGAGUACGCUGAACACGGACCGCUUAGUAAAGACGGAGGUAUCUCAAGUGGAGAGGUUUUGCCAUGGAAUGUGAGAUUGAAGAUUGCUAAAGAGAUAGCUACUUCUGUGACUUACCUCCACACGGCGUUUCCAGAGACUAUAAUCCAUCGGAAUAUUAAUCCGACGAACAUUUUUAUUGAUGAGAAUUGGACGGCGAAGCUUUCUGAUUUCUGGUUCUGUGUUGCAAUACCAGAGGGAGAGUUAUAUGUAGAAGAUGAAGUGAAAGGUGUGAUUGGUUUUGUUGACCCGGAUUAUUACUGGACUAUGAAAGUUACUGAGAAAGUUGAUAUUUAUAGCUUUGGUGUUGUGAUGUUGGUUUUGUUGUCUGGAAGAGCUGCUGUGUUUAAUGGACCUGGUGAGACUCCUAUGUCUCUUAACGAUCAUGUGUCUGAGGUAAUGGAGAGAAAUGGGUUUGAUGAGAUUGUUGAUAAAGAGAUAUGGAAUGGUUUGGGUGGUGGUGGUGAUGAUUUGGUUCUGAGACGGUCACAGGUUGAAGCUUUUCUUAGGUUAGCUUUGAGGUGUGUGAGAUACAAGAAAGAAGAUCCAGUGAGUAGUAUGCUUGAAGUUGCCAAAGAGCUCAAAUUGAUUGAGAAACUCUCUUAAUUUACUCUUCCUUCUCUUGUUAGAUUCUUUGAAAGAAUGAUAACCUCUGAGAAGUGUUGAUGAUGUCUCAAUGUUUUUUGAGUUCUUGUGUUACUAGUCUAUGUCUUGUUCUAUCAUGAAGAAAUCAAGAAAUACUUAGCUCUCUUUUUAUAUAAAGACAUUGUCUUGGCAAGCCAAAGAGAGUAACUUCAGAACUCAGAUGUCAAAUACUCAACUCUCCUAAGUGUGAACUUUUAGUGAUGUCUCAAUGUGUUUGAGUUCUUGCUGCUACUUGUCUUUGUAAUUCUCUAUCAAAUACUGAGCUCAUUUUCAUGAUGAUUCCAUUACUGAACAGUGUGAUAUUACAGUAUAUGGGCAAGCCAGAAAAAGUCACUUUGCCUCCAAUGUGAAAACAACCAAGUGUGAACACAUUCAGUCUCAUGCUGGUGCUUCUCAAAGUCAACUCUUUUCUUUAGCCGACUACACACUUUGGUUAUUGGACCAAACCCACUUUUUUAAGGGGAUAUAUUAGAAACUUAAUAGAUCCAGUUUUGAUAUUGCUUCCUUCUUCUUUCUCUUACUCUUACUGCAGCAUUCAUGGUGCUUUUGCUUCUGAGCAUAUCUUCCUUUCAGCUUUGGUGUUCAUUAGUUUCAUAAAACUCAUCAAAAGCUAUUGAAAAGUUCUUUAGGGCCAGCCUUGUUCUGUUGACAUUAGAGAUCGAGAAGCCGUUGAGAUUGGAUCAAUGGAGUUUCUAUGGGAAUUUUUCACACAGAUGAACUUAUUGUCUUCUUCUGCUCUUAAGGAUAAACCUCUGUAGAGUCUAUAAGAUGGAUCGGUUGAGAACAAAAACAAUCGGAGCAAAGACACACCGGCAGAGAAAUGUCAAAGAUCAGAGCUGAACUGCUGCUGAAUAUUUGGAAGAACUUGAGUAAACAAUUAAAUCACAGAAGCAAGUUGAGAAAGCUCUUGGGUGAGUGGUGUUUUGUCAUUUAAACAUACAUACACAAUUUUAAGUUUAGCUAGAUUCUCUGUUAAUGUGGCCGAAUCAGCUCUAUAUCCAGAUAUUGAUUGAUGACGAAGAUAUCGAAGAAGAAUUUUUUGAAAUGAGAGAUGGAGCUUUACAGCAAAAGUUCCCAGGUCAUAAGAAGGAAACUAGUUGCUUUUGUUAUACCUAAUUGCUAUACUGUCUUCGUCUGUCUCACAAGUUGGAGUUUGAUUGUGUUUGUUAAUAAUACUGUAUCCUCGAUA